CCGGGCCUGAGAAGUGGGCGGCGGGGCGGCGGGGGCCAUGACCUCGGUGUGGAAGCGCCUGCAGCGCGUGGGCAAGCGGGCGGCCAAGUUCCAGUUCGUGGCCUGUUACCACGAGCUGGUGUUGGAGUGCACCAAGAAAUGGCAGCCAGAUAAGCUGGUGGUGGUAUGGACCCGGCGGAACCGACGCAUCUGCUCCAAGGUCCACAGCUGGCAGCCAGGCAUCCAGAACCCAUACCGGGGUACCGUGGUGUGGAUGGUACCUGAGAAUGUGGACAUCUCCGUGACCCUCUACAGGGACCCCCACGUGGACCAGUAUGAGGCCAAAGAGUGGACAUUUAUUAUUGAAAAUGAGUCUAAGGGGCAGCGGAAGGUGCUGGCCACGGCUGAGGUGGACCUGGCCCGCCAUGCAGGGCCUGUGCCUGCCCAAGUCCCGCUGAGGCUGCGGCUGAAGCCGAAGUCGGUGAAGGUGGUGCAGGCUGAGCUGAGCCUCACUCUUUCUGGGGUGUUGCUGCGGGAGGGCCGUGCAACGGACGAUGACAUGCAGAGUCUUGCAAGCCUCAUGAGUGUGAAGCCUAGUGAUGUGGGCAACUUGGAUGAUUUUGCUGAGAGUGAUGAAGAUGAGGCUCAUGGCCCAGGAGCCCCCGAGGCCCGUGCUCAAGUCACCCAGCCAGAUCCCUCUCGAGAGCUGAAGACACUUUGUGAGGAGGAGGAGGAAGGUCAAGGACGACCCCGGCAGACAGUUGCCAGCCCUUCUAAUGCUGAGGAUACCAGCCCAGCCCCUGUGAGUGUUCCUGCACCCCCGGCCAGAGCCUCCCGAGGCCAGGGGCCAGAACGAGCUACUGAAGCCGGGGGCCAGGUGGGCCCUGAGGCCCCAAGGCCCCCGGAAACCUCACCAGAGAUGAGGUCUUCAAGGCAGCCAGGCCAGAACACGGCCCCAACCCCAGCCCCUCGGCUCCGGAAAGGCUCUGAUGCCCUCCGGCCCCCAGUCCUCCAAGGGGAAGAUGAGGUCCCCAAAGCCUCAGGGGCUCCUCCAGCAGGAUUGGGCUCUGCUAGGGAGACCCAGGCCCAGGCAUGCCCUCAGGAAGGGACAGAAGCCCAUGGAGCUAGGCUGGGCCUGAGCAUUGAGGAUAAAGGCUCUGGAGACCCUUUUGGAGGGCAGAGACUCAAGGCUGAAGAGAUGGGCACUGGGAACAGGCCAGAGGCCAGUGGGGUGGACACUGAGCCCGGGUCAGGAGGCAGAGAGGCAAACACUAAGAGGUCAGGAGUCAGAGCUGGGGAGGCUGAAGAGAGUUCAGCAGUUUGUCAAGUGGAUGCUGAGCACAGGUCAAAGGUGAGACAUGUGAACACUAAGGGACCAGAGGCAACAGGGUUGAUGCCUGAGGCAAGAUGCAGGGGGACCCCUGAGGCUCCUCCAAGGGGCUCUCAGGGGAGGGUGGGAGUCAGGACCAGGGAUCAGACUGUAGGGCACUCUGGGCAACUUGGUGACCUGAAGGGGGCCAGGGCUGCUGCAGGCCAGGAGAGAGAGGGUGUAGAAGUGAGGGGCGGAGCCCCUGGUAUUGAGGGGACAGGCCUGAAGCAGGGCCACUCUCUUGGAGAAGUAAGCACCAGGCCCCAGGUGAGCAGCUGGCAGGGGGCCCUAUUAUCACCUGCCCAGGGGGCAAUAUCCAGGGGUCUGGGAGGCUGGGAGGCAGAAGCUGGGGGUUCAGGGGUCCUGGAAACAGAGACUGAGGUGGUAGGGUUGGAGGUGCCGGCAACCCGGGAGAAAGAAGUUGAGGGGUCAGGGUUCCCAGAGACUAGGACACUAGAAAUUGAGAUACUGGGGGCCUUGGAGACAGAAGCAGCAAGAUCAAGGGUCCUGGAGUCGGAGGUUGAUGGGACAGGACAGUGUGAGGGACUGGAGACCCAGGAAACAGAGGUGGGGGUCAUAGAGACCCCAGGGACAGAGACUGGGGCGGCAGAAUCUGAGGUACUGGGGACCCAGAAAACAGAGGCUGGGGGUUCAGGAGUUUUGCGGACAAGAACUAAGAUAGCAGAGACUGAGGUACUAGGGACCCAGGAGAUAGCUAGGGAUUUGGGGCCACUGAAGAUAGAAGAUACGAUAGCAGAAUCUGAGAUGCUGGGGACCCAGGAGACAGAGGUGGGAGCUUCUAGGGUACCAGAGACACAGGCUAAUGGGACAGAGGCUAAAAUGUUAGGGCCCCAGGAGAUAACAGGUAGGGAUUCAGGGGUCCCAGAGAUAGAAGCUGAGAUAGCAGAGUCUGAUAUAUUGGUAGGCCAGGAGAUAGAGGUGGGGCUUUUGGGGGUUCUGGGAAUAGAGCCUGGGGCAGCAGAAGAUGCGAUAUUGGGGACCCAGGAGAUAGCAUCUAGGGAUUCAGGGGUCCCAGGGAUAGAAGCUGAUAUAACAGGGAUUCAGGGAAAAGAGGUUGGGGGUUCAGAGGUUCAAGAGACAGAGACUGGGACAGUAGAAACUGAGAUAUUGGGGACCCGAGAGAUAGCAUCUAGGAGUUCGGGGGUCCCAGGGCUAGAAUCUGAGGUAGCUGGGGCCCAGGAGACAGAGGUGGGGGGUUCAGGGAUCUCAGAGCCAGAGGCUGGAAUGGCAGAGGCCCAAGUACUGAUGACCCAAAAGACAGAAAUAAUAGUUCCAGAGGCUGAGAAGGAAGAGGCUCAGACUUGGGGGGUCCAGGAAGCAGAGACUGGAGUUGGGAGUGCUCUCAAAUAUGAGGCUUUAAGGGCCCCAGUCACUCAGCCAAGAGUUUUAGGAUCCCAGGAAGCAAAAGCAGAGAUUUCAGGAGUACAAGGGUCAGAGAGUCGAGUUCUGAGAGUCCAGGAGGAAGAGGCUGGGGUUUGGAGGAUGUCAGAGGGAAAAUCUGGGGCUUGGGGGGCCCAGGAAGCAGGGAUGAAGGUUUUAGAGUCUCCAGAGAACGAAUCUGGUACUUGUAAGGCCCAGGAAGCGGAGGCUGGGGUCUUGGGAAAUAAGAAGGGGAAAGAAGCUGAGGGAAGCCUCGCAGAGGCCAGCCCGCCUGAAGCACAGGUGGCCAGUGGGGCAGGGGCUGGGGCGCCCAGGGCCUCUUCCCCAGAGAAGGCUGAAGAGGACAGGAGGCUGCUGGGCAGCCAGGCAACACCUGCCAUGGUCAGCUCCAGCCAGUCCCUGCUGGAGUGGUGCCAGGCAGUCACCGCUGGCUACCGUGGCGUCCGCAUCACCAACUUCACCACAUCCUGGCGCAAUGGCUUGGCCUUCUGUGCCAUCCUGCACCGAUUCUACCCAGAUAAGAUUGAUUAUGCUUCCCUAGACCCACUCAACAUCAAGCAGAACAACAAGCAGGCCUUCGAUGGCUUCGCGGCUCUGGGCGUGUCGCGGCUGCUGGAGCCAGCGGACAUGGUGCUGCUGUCGGUGCCCGACAAGCUCAUCGUCAUGACGUACCUGUGCCAGAUCCGCGCCUUCUGCACCGGGCAGGAGCUGCAGCUGGUACAGCUGGAGGGCGGCGGCGGCGCCGGCACGUACCGCGUGGGCAGCGCCCAGUCCAGCCCGCCCGACGACCUGGACGCCGGAGGCCUGGCGCAGCGGCUGCGCGGUCACGGGGCCGAGGCGCCCCAGGAGCCCAAGGAAGCCGAAGACCGCGCGGACGGGGCGACCCCGGGGGUGGCCUCCAGGAACGCGGACACGGGCCACGCCUUCAAGGACGGCGGGGCCGAGGUCCCCCGAGAGGUGCGACCCGCGGAGGUCCUGGUCGAGGGGCUGGUGAACGGGGCGGGGGCGCCGGGCGGUGGCGGCGUGAGGCUGCGACGGCCCUCGGUCAAUGGGGAGCCCGGGCCGGUGCCCCCGCCCCGCGCGCACGGCUCCUUCUCCCACGUGCGCGACGCCGACCUGCUCAAGAAGAGGCGCUCAAGGCUGCGGAACAGCAGCUCCUUCUCAGUGGACGAUCCGGACGCCGGAGCCGCGGGAGCUGCGGCUGCAGAAGGCCAGGCCCCUGACCCUAGCCCUGUCCCAGGCCCACCCACAGCUGCAGCCUCUCAACAGCCCCCUGGUGGGAGUCCCCUCUCGGAGGAGCCACCCCCAAGCCCAGGGGAGGAGGCUGGGCUGCAACGGUUCCAGGACACAAGUCAGUAUGUGUGUGCAGAGCUGCAGGCCCUGGAACAGGAGCAGAGGCAGAUAGAUGGGCGGGCGUCUGAGGUGGAGACGCAGCUGAGGAGCCUUAUGGAGUCAGGUGCCAACAAGCUGCAGGAGGAGGUGCUGAUCCAGGAGUGGUUCACCCUGGUCAACAAGAAGAACGCUCUUAUCCGGAGGCAGGACCAGCUGCAGCUGCUCAUCGAGGAGCAGGACUUGGAGCGAAGGUUCGAGCUGCUGAGCCGCGAGCUGCGGGCCAUGCUGGCCAUCGAAGACUGGAAGAAAACGUCCGCGCAGCAGCACCGAGAGCAGCUCCUGCUGGAGGAGCUGGUGUCGCUGGUGAACCAGCGUGACGAGCUGGUCCGGGACCUGGACCACAAGGAGCGGAUCGCCCUGGAGGAGGACGAGCGCCUGGAACGCGGCCUGGAACAGCGGCGCCGCAAGCUGAGCCGGCAGUUGAGCCGGCGGGAACGCUGCGUGCUGAGCUGAGGCCACUGGCCUGGGUGGUCCAUAACUUCUCGCGGCCCCCGGCAUCCGCCGCUGCCCCGGGCCUGCGCUGCGGAGGACCCGGCUGUCCCGGAUACCGCGCGCGUGUCCGCUAGUGGCCGCUGGCGCCUUUCCCGGGACGGGGCAGGGCGGAUCCUCGACCCCACGGGCGGGGCGGCCGCCGUAUUUAUUUGUCACGGAGUGUGUGUGCGAGCUCGCGGCGGUGCGGGGUCCUCCCCGACGGCACGGCCGGGCCGGCAGCCUCGGGGAGAUGGAUGCCUGGGCACUGCCGCCGCGCGCCGGCUUGCCCUCCUGUUCUCCAGAGCAAUAAAGUUGGACGAGGCUACCCCA